AAAAUAAUAAAAUUAAUUUUAUAAAAUAAAGUUUGAAAAAACAUAAAUCAUUGAAUAGAGAGUUUGUUUCUUUUAAAUCUAAGUUGAAUACCAAAAAAAGAAAUAUAUAAACUGACUCCAGCCGCCAACUUCCUCAUCACCCUCCAAAUAAAACCCCAAAACCUUCCUCCCAAGAACCCUAAUUCUGCAACUCCACGCAAACUCAAUCAAAUUGGGGAAAUUCUAAAAUCAAACAAAUCACCUAAACCCCUCAAUCUAAUACAACUUCAAUUCAUCUAAGAAGAGAGAAAAAAAUUAAAAAAGGAUGUCGUACGAUGAUGUAGAGAUUGAAGACAUGGACUGGAAUGAAGAACUUCAGUCCUACACUUACCCAUGUCCAUGCGGCGAUCUUUUCCAAAUCACAAAGGAUGACCUUCGUCUUGGUGAAGAAAUUGCUCGUUGCCCAAGUUGUUCUCUUUACAUCACUGUUAUUUAUAAUCUCGAAGAUUUUGCUGCUAAUAAGAAUAACUCCAAUUUUCAGCCUCCUAAAUCGCAGCCAAUCAGCGUCGCUUGAGCUAAUUUUUACUUAUUUUUAAUUUUUAUUUACAUUAAUUUUUGAUAUGUUGUUCGAAAAUUUUGUUGUUAUUGUUGUUGAAUUUGAUCAUGGAAGAUUUUGCACUGUUUUGUCAUUGGUGCAUAUAAUACAGUAUUAUUAAUCUAUAAAUGUUGAUUGGAGCUUGAUUUACUCAUAAAUUGGAUUGAUUUUGCUUAA